AUGUGCUACGACCGCUACGUGUCCAUCUGCAAACCCCUGCACUACGGGACCCUCCUGGCCAGCAGAGCUUGUGCCCACAUGGCAGCAGCUGCCUGGGCCAGUGCCUUUCUCACUGCUCUGCUGCACACCGCCAAUACAUUUUCCCUGCCCCUGUGCCAUGGCAAUGCCCUGGGCCAGUUCUUCUGUGAAAUCCCACACAUCCUCAAGCUCUCCUGCUCCAAAUCCUACCUCAGGGAAUUUGGGGUUUCCGUUUUCACUACCUCCUUUGCACUUGGCUGUUUUGUGUUCAUUGUUUUCUCCUAUGUGCAGAUCUUCAGGGCCGUGCUGAGGAUCCCCUCUGAGCAGGGAAGACAGCACAAAGCCUUUUCCACCUGCCUCCCUCACCUGGCUGUGGUCUCCCUGUUUGUAAGCACAGGGACAUUUGCCAACCUGAAGCCCCCCUCCAUCUCCUCCCCAUCCCUGGAUCUGUCACUGUCAGUUCUGUACUCAGUUGUGCCUCCUGCCCUGAACCCCCUGUAA